AAUGCUAACUACCCAUAUAUUUUUACUGCCUUAACAUAUUCUCAUCAGAAAUUGGUGAAUCUCGAAUUAUUUAAUACAAUAUUUCUUCGGUUCCCAGAGAUACAAGUUCGUUUUUCCUUUGAGUACGCCAAACUCUGUAAAAUAAAGUUCUUUAAUUACGUAAUUCUAUUUUACUUAUUUUUUCUGAUGUUCUUGCCAUAUUAAAACCACUCAAGACGGCAAUUGUCACCGCUGGUCGAUCUGUUCCAAAUUACUUAAUACAGCAGAUUGCUUCGCAUUGGAAUAUUUUGCAAAGUUCCGGAUGGCAAUGCAAAAUCCAGAGCCUCACCUAGAAGUAAACUUGAACUCUGCUGGAGCAGAUUACAGUGUGGCAUUGAGAGUUCAAAAGCGUAAAAGCAAAGCACUAAAAGCAUUAUCGCACUGCAGCAAGCCGCUGUCUCCGUGUGCCAAAACAGGAAUACGCCGAUGCAUAGAAGCCCUGCUCUUAUCUUAUCUCGACCUGUGGCUCUGAUCGGAUGACGAUGACAGCAUCCAUUUGCCUAGGGAAGAUAAGCUCGUGCUAUUUUCGGGGACGAGACCUAUGCGCGGGACCUAUGCUGACUUCUGGAAUCGUCCGACGCUGAUAUGAUGCAGUGCAAGGCCUCUGAUUCAGGCUAUAUAAGCCCAAGCAGAGUGCACCAAAGACAACAGACUUUAGGUGUUGGUCGUUGAGCGUACCAAGGCCGGAGCAGUUGAAGAAUCAAGGAAGAGCAGGACUGAAGACAGGAUCCAGGAUGAAGCUGACCCUAGUGAUAUUGGCCCUCGUGGGCUGCGUGGCCGCGUUCAGCGUGCCCACGCAGAAGGUGAAGAUCGCCGACAAGGACUUCCUCGAGAAGCAGAAGUUCUUCUUCGAGAUCCUGUACCGCGUGGAGGAUCCCCUCAAUUUCGAGGAAUGGAUCAAGCUGGGCCAGAAGCUGAUUAUCGAGAAGCCACACUACGAGAACUUCGACUUCUACAUGGAGAAAUUCUGGGAGUCCUACAAGCUAGGCGCCCUCCUGCCCAAGGGCGAAUUCUUCGGCGCUUUGGUGAAGACCCACCACAAGCAGGCCUACGGUCUGUUCAACUUCUUCUACUACGCCAAGGACUGGGAGACGUUCGUCCGCAACGUCGCCUGGGCCCGCAUGCACGUCAACGAGGGCAUGUUCGUCUACGCCUUGACUCUGGCCGUGAUCCACAAGCCCGAGUUCGAGGGUCUGAUCCUGCCCCAGAUCUACGAGAUCUUCCCGCAAUACUUCUUCAACAGCAAGUUCGUUUACGAGGCCGAGAAGUUCGAUUACGAGGUGUUCAGCAAGUACAUCAUGUACGAGAAGGAGUAUAAGGACAUCCUUUACAAGGACUACAGCGAAUUCACCGGCAACUUCUACUUCUACACCAAGGACUGGAAGACCUGGCAGUGGUACAAAAUGAUGGGUCUGGACCAGGAGUGGUACGUCGAGGACAAGUACUUCCUGCGCGAGAACUACGCCGAAUUCGCCAAGGACCCCAAGUACGUCGAGGCAAUGAAGGGCUUCCAGAAGUUCUAUAUGCCAGUGGACUACACCCGUGACAUCGCAUUCUUCAACGAGGAGUCCAAGCUCUCCUACUUCACGGAGGAUCUGGGCUGGAACGCCUACUGGUACUACCUCAACAUGGACUACGCCUUCUUCCUUAACGGCAAGCAGUUCGGUUUGGACAAGGACCGUCGCGGCGAGUUCUGGAUCUACAAUGUGCAGCAGAUCCUGGCCCGUUACUACCAGGAGCGUCUGACCAAUGGCUACGGCGAUAUCCCGGAGUUCUUCUGGUACAAGCAGAUCGAGUACGGCUAUGAUCCUCAGCUGAUCUACUACAACGGCAUCGGCUACAGCUACCGCAAGAACUACUACGACUUCUACACCUACGGCAACUUCGAGAUGUACACCCAGGUGCAGAACUUCUUCAGCCGCGUCUACAAGACCCUGGAGACCGGAUUCUACAAAACCGCCGACGGUCACGUGAUCGAUCUGCACAAGCCGGAGGCCGUCAAGUUCAUUGGCGACUACCUGCAGGGCAAUGCCGAUACCUUUGACAAGUACUUCUUCAACUACUACUACAUGCUGGCCCAUAUGUACUUCGCCGAUGUCGACUACUCCGACAUGGAGGUCUUCCCCAACAUCUUCCUCAACUUCGAGACCAUGCUGCGCGAUCCCUUCUUCUACACCUUCUACAAGAAGUUCACCGAUGUGUUCUACCACUUCAAAUACUUCCUGCAGCCGUACACCAAGAAGGAUCUUUUCUACGAGGGCAUCACCAUCAAGGAUGUGACCGUGAGCAAGCUGGUGACCUACUACGAUAUCGUGGACUUCGAUGUGACCAAUCUGCUGAACGAUAAGAUGACCUUCGUCGACGGACAGUUCGUCUGGGACAAGGCUCUGCUGGCCCGUCAGGCUCGUCUCAACCACAAGCCCUUCGAAUUCGACUUCACCAUUGAGUCCAAGACCGCCCAAAAGGGCGUCGUCCGUGUCUUCCUGGGCCCCAAGUUCGACGAGUUCGGACGCGUGAUCCCUCUGGACUACAACCGCAAGAACUUUGUGCAGAUCGACAGCUUCAUCUUCCCCUUCGUGGCCGGAACCAACACCAUCAAGCGCAGCUCCAAGGAGUUCACCUGGACAGCCGAGGACAGGCUCACUUACACCGAACUGUACAAGUACGUCAUGCUGGCCUACGAAGGCAAGUAUGACUUCCCUCUGGACAUCAGCGAGCCCCACAACGCCUUCCCCGAUCGCCUGGUCCUGCCCAAGGGCUGGGAGCACGGUUUCCCCAUGCAGUUCUACUUCUUCGUCUCGCCCUAUGCCGAGGAGUACGAGCAGUUCUCCAACUUCGAUUACACCUACUCCUCGGGCGUUGGCUCCGGCACCCGCUUUGUGGACACCAAGCCCUUCGGCUAUCCCUUCGACCGCCAGAUCGAUGAGUAUGCCUUCUUCGUGCCCAACGGCUAUUUCAAGGACGUCAAGGUCUACUACGUGGAUACCUUCGCCAAGUACUUCGAGAAGAAGUACGAGAAUUUCGGCACCUUCGACUACUCGAUCGAGUACUAGAGGAUCACCCUGGAUCGAGCUUUUAACCCUCAUUCUAACCGUAUCGAUGUGCAAUGAAAAACUCAUAAAAAAACACAAAAAAUAUUAAAAUAAAUAAAUGAA